AACACAUUGGAGAGCUGACUCCACGAUGGAUUCCUCUGAAGGGGUAACGCUCCUUAUUGCCCUCUGCAUAUCCUGCCUUAUCGUGAUUCUUGGUUUUAAAAUUAUUUGGAGAGAUGGAAACCUUCCCCCAGGACCUAGACCUCUUCCACUGCUGGGAAAUUUCCUUCAGCUGAGAAAGGGGGAUUUUGUAGAAACUCUCCAGAAGUUUAGUGAACAAUAUGGUGAUGUAUACACAGUGUACUUCGGGAGACGGCCAGUAGUGGUGGUCACCGGAUAUAAAAGGAUGAAAGAAAUUCUUAUAGACAGAGGGGAUGAAUUUUUGGCUCGGGGAGACCUUAGCACCUUUGAUGCUGUCUUCAAAAAUUAUGGAGUAAUAUUUACCAGCAAUAUGCACCGAUGGCGAGAACUCCGACGCUUUUCUCUCUCUGCCUUACGAGAUUUUGGGAUGGGGAAGAGAAGCACAGAAGAAAGAAUUCUGGAAGAAGCCACUUGUCUGGUUGCAGAGUUAAAAAGAACCAAAGGAGCUGCUCUCAGUCCUCGGGAAUAUCUGAGCAAAGCUGUUUGCAAUGUUAUUUUCUCUUUAAUGUUUGGAAAUCGCCAGGACUAUGAGGAUGAGGAGCUCGUUAACGUCAUAAACCUGAUUAACAAAACAUUUGUAAUAGCUAGCACUCCAUGGGGACAGUUGUACGAUAUGUUCCCGGGAAUCAUGAGAUUCCUUCCUGGUCGACACCAGCUGAUAUUUAAGUACCUGAAAGAACUACUGAAAUACAUAGAGAAGAGGGUUAACAUGAAUCAAAUGACAUUGGAUCCUAACAAUCCCAGAGACUAUAUUGACGCUUUCCUCAUUAAAAUGGAGAAGGAAAAAAUGGAUCCAAAGACCGAGUUCAACUUAACAAACUUAAUAGCUAGCACCUUACAGAUCUUCUUCGCUGGGGUAGAUACCAUGUCGACAACUAUCACAUAUUCUAUUCUAAUUCUGACAAAAUACCCACAGAUUCUUGCCAAAGUUCAUGAAGAAAUUGACAGAGUCAUUGGUAGGAAUCGUUGUCCACAGUUACAAGACCGGAGUCAGAUGCCGUAUACUGAGGCCGUGAUCCAUGAAAUGCAAAGAUUCCUAAAUGUCACCCCCUUGGGGUUACCACGAAGAACAACAAGAGACGUUAAACUUCAGGGAUACAGCAUUCCAAAGGACACUAAUGUUUUACCAAUAUUCGGCACGGUGCUAAAAGACCCCUCCUGCUUCCCGUACCCGUCAGAAUUCAACCCCAAAAAUUUCCUGGGUGAAAAUGGGGAAUUUAAACAGAAUGCAGCUUUUAUGCCUCUCUCUGCAGGGAAGCGUAACUGCCUCGGAGAAGCUCUGGUUCGGAUGGAACUUUUCCUCUUCUUUGUUACCAUACUACAAAACUUCACUUUUAAAUCCCCUCUGCCAAUUGAGGAAUUGGACAUCACACCAGCUGUGUCUGGAAUUGGAAACUUCCCAAAGCCUUACAAAGUUUCUUUCAUUCUCCGUUAAUGUUCUAAACAAAGGUUAUAUCCUCCUUUUACAUCACGCAUUCUGUGUAACCAAUAUCAAGUCUUUACUUUUAAAUGUUACAUGUACGGCUUUC